CUAAAUGCUACUGUAGCCUUCAGUUCUACAGGGUUUUGUGUUCAAAUUCUGUUUGUGGUCUUCAUUUUUUCCCACUUUAUGAACCUGUUGGUCACCCUGUGCAGCCGGAAGGUGGACAUGCCAGAAGGCAUGGAUGCAGAAAAUGCCAGUCUAUCACAGCCCUUCUCUCUUGAGCACUACCAUGUCUCAGAUGAGUUUGGAUUUGUGCUGCCGGAACCUCUGGAAGAUCUGCCACCAUACUAUCAACCUUGGAUGGAAAUAGCCAGGAAUGUGCCAGAGCUCAUUGGUUCCCAUUCACUACGUGCAUGCAUUCAGCAGAUGCCCCUUUUGGAGACGGACCCUCUGCAGGGCCACCGAGAGCUGCGAUUGGCUCAUCUGGCUCUAAGUGUUAUGACAAUGGGCUACGUGUGGCAGGAGGGCGAGAAUGAGACAGUAAGGGUGCUGCCACAUACCCUGGCUGUGCCUUACUGGUCUGUAUCACAAAAACUAGGGCUGCCUCCCAUCCUGACACAUGCUGACGCAGUCCUCGUCAACUGGAAAAAAACUGAUCCACAGGGAGAGUUCAAUAUGGAGAACCUGGAGCUGCUUUUUACUCUCCCUGGUGGAAAAAGUGUGCACGGGUUCUUCAUGGUCACGUUAUUAGUGGAGCUUGCUGCAGUUCCUGGAUUAAGGGCAAUUCCUCAAGUUAUCAAUGGCGUACAUCAAGAUAAUGUUACUAUGGUAACCAGGGCUCUGGAAUCCAUUAGUUUGGCCAUAGAUGGCAUGAAGGAGGCUCUCAAAUUGAUGCAUGUUUACGUGGAACCCUCAGUUUUCUAUGGCAUCAUGAGGAUAUACCUCUCAGGAUGGAAAGAUAACCCGUCGAUGCCAGAUGGGCUGGUGUAUGAGAGUGUGCAGGUGGAGCCCAUGGAGUACUCCGGAGGCAGCGCUGCCCAGAGCAGUCUGCUGCACUGCUUCGAUGAGCUGCUCGGGGUCAAACAUGAGGCCAGCAGUGGGGCCUUUCUGAAACGCAUGAGGUCACACUACAUGCCCCCAGCCCACGCACGCUUCAUCCAGGACAUCUCACUGUCCCGACCCUCCCUGCGGGACUUUGUGCUAGAGCGGGCCACUGAGCCUCUGACGGCUGCUUACGAGCACUGCGUGGCCCGGCUUGUGGCGCUGCGGAACUACCACAUCAACGUGGUUUCGCGUUUCAUCACCGUACCCGCUGCCCGUGCCAAGGAGCUACGUUUGCGGGGCGACGGUUCUGAGCAGGAGCAUCGCACCAUCACCCAUGCGCCCACCGCCCUGGAGGAAAGGGGCACAGGAGGCUCAGGCAUCAUGAGCUUCCUCAAGACCAUCCGGGACCAGACGCGGGCCAGCACCACCAGCAGAAGUGGCACAGCAUAGCCACGCGUCAGCUGUAGCCACACAGAAGACCGCAGCAGAGGCCUCGCUCGACAGCAAGCUGGCCUCUAAACUGUAUCUGUGAUCUGGAGUCAGUGGUCCAUAGUCAGGCAUGACAUAGCCUGAUGCUAACAAUUACAUGCCAUAAAGCAGACAUCUCAACCUGCAAAAAGUAAUUUCAGGGAGGUAUCACGAAGCAAAUAUAUAUAGCAGGAUAUAUAUAUAUAUAUAUGUAAGGGAUAAUGCCCAGAAAUAAAUGGACGACGCAGAGGCGUGAACUGUCCGACGCAAAGCGGAGGACAGUUGCUUCCGUGAAGUCCAUUUAUUUCUGAUAAUGGACGCAUCAAAGGGCAUUAUCCCGUUUAUACCAUGGUCACUUAUGAAAUAAAUAAAUAUGAAAUCAAUUAUUAAUACUAAAUGAGUUUUAGAGCUAAAAUCGUUAGUUUUUUCAGCUGUUUAUGGCAACGCUGUGGAAUGUUGAUAAGUUGAUUGUUGAUAAUGCUGCCUUGGUUACUAACUAGCGUUUGAGCCAGCACAGUGAUUUAGAACUGUCAUCAGGCAAUUCGAACGGAACGUCUUUUUAUAGGUGUAGUAGGGCCUAUAUCACUUUUUAAACGAUACCCUUUUCAACCUAGACCAUGGUAUAAAUACAUACAAAUAAUAAAAUAAAUAAAUACUAAAAA